AUGGCGAACAAAAUCAACGAAGCCCAUGAGCACAUCGCUAAAGCAGAGAAAUGCUUAAAAACAAGUAUGACUAAAUGGAAGCCAGACUUCGAUGGUGCUGCAACAGAAUAUUCUAAAGCAGCUGUUGCUUUCAAAAACGCCAAGCAGUUUGACCAAGCCAAGGAGGCCUAUCUGAAGGAGGCGGAGUACCAUACAGAAAACAAAGCGCUUUUCCAUGCUGCCAAAGCCUAUGAACAGGCAGGCAUGAUGCUUAAGGAUAUGAAGCGAAUGCCAGAGGCCAUCCAGCUGAUUGAGAAAGCCAGCAUCAUGUAUGUGGAGAAUGGGACAUCUGGCACUGCUGGCAUUGCCUUGGACAGAGCGGGCAAGCUGAUGGAGCCAAUGGAUCUGAACAAGGCAGUAGAUCUAUACCAGAAGGCUGCUGAUGUGUUUGAGAAUGAAGACCGAUUGAGACAGGCUGCGGAGCUGCUGGGUAAGGCGUCGAGGCUGUUAGUCCGACUUCGCAGGCUUGAUGAUGCUGCUGUGUCCCUUCAGAAAGAGAAGAACAUGUAUAAAGAGAUAGAAAAUUACCCAACAUGUUUUAAGAAAACUAUUGCGCAAGUGCUGGUUCAUCUUCACAGAGGUGACUUUGUAGCUGCGGAUAAGUGUGUCAGAGAAAGUUACAGUCUCCCAGGGUUCAGUGGCAGUGAGGACUGUGUCUCCAUGGAGACUCUUCUGCAGGGGUAUGAUGAGCAGGAUGAAGACCAGGUGUACCGCGUGUGCAACAGCCCCCUGCUCAAGUACAUGGACAACGAUUAUGCCAAAUUGGCCAUCAGCCUGAGAGUGCCGGGGGGAGGCGGCGGCAAGAAGAAGGCAGCUGCCGCACCAGCGGGUGGCGCCGGAGGGUCUGCUCCCGCCGCAGCCGCAGAUGAUGACUAUGAAGAAGGAGGCCUGUGUUAG